CUCAACGGUACUGGUUCACAAUAGCAGCAGUAGCGAAUCGGGAUCCAUUUGAAAACAUCGUAUUUCGUGCGCAGUCAAUGAGCCUCCAUUUAAGAUGAUUUUAUUAAUUUUGGGGUUCCUCGCCGCCGUGACCGCUAGCCCUGCAGCCGAUAAGGAGUCCUACAAAGACCAAUACUGUACGGAUCCCAGAACGAUGAGGAAGCAUGCAGCGUACACGGAGUGGGCAGACGCGUACUCGUGCACCAGGCACAGGUGCCAACCAGGAGGGCGGAACCUCGCUAUUUAUACAGUCGGAUGCAAGCGAGUCGAAGCCCCGGAGUCGGCGAUAGAAUGCGAAGAAGUGGUGGAAGACACCAACAUGCAGUUCCCAUUCUGCUGCACGCGUCUCAGAUGUCUGGUGGUAGUUCGCGGAGAAGUAUGGACGAGGGUGCUGGGCCAACCUUGGGAGGUCCUGCCAGCGGCACCGUGGAGUCACAUGUACAAGAUGAAGAAGCCACCGCCAGCUGACUCCACUUUCCUCCCCAAGACGAACGAACAAGGCCCAGUGUACGAGCUGUCGGAAAACGAAGACGCCGGCCAUGAUAAGGUGCUACGAUCAGGCAAGAAGCCCGUUACUGACCCUGACUGCAAUGAAAUAGAGCCCAAGGCCGCCAUGCCGCCCCCAGACAUCGUGAUCGCAUUAUCGACAAAUAACGAAAUAAAGGAAACCUCGCACAAGAAAUAUGAGAGCUCGAGCCUCUCUCAUUUCGAGGAUUACAGGCGUUCUCAAUCUAAACAUGAAAACUCCAGACACAAGCGCGCACGCAAGACCACCCCGUCGACUCCCGCGCAGUACUUCGAGGAAGAACAGAAAGAGAUCAAGGAGAAAGAGAGAGAGAAACGUAUAGAGCCUGAGAUACAGGAGGUUGAAGAAGUACCGACGACUACUGAUAAACCUCCUGAAACGUCCGAAGAAAGAUUGUUCGCCAAUAACUAUGCUGAUUCGCAGAAAACAUCGUCUAAACAUGGUAGUCACCACCAAGUGUGGACCGAGGUUCCUCCGAACCAGUGGAAUGACCCCCACCAUGACGGUUUGGACGUAGAAAAUCGACUUAGCAUGGAUCUCUUACAGGAACCACAGACAUAUCAUGCUCAAGACACUCAACCUCAAGAUCUACCAGAGCCCAAAAGUCAAGGAAUGACCGCUUUAAUGAGUGCUAAUGAGGAGAAACCAACUAAUUUACAAGCAUUAGUAGACGCUAUAGGCACAAGAAUGAGAGAUAUUGAGAGUGUCGUUCAGAAAAUGAGUGAAAAGGUACAUCAAGGGAAACCUGGGGCUGAAGCCAGUGCUGAAAAGCUUCAAAAAGAUAGAAUGUCAGCUGAGCUGGAAGAAUUACAUAAACAUCAUAAGGAUCCGAAACGACACAAUCCAGAUGGUGAAAACUACAAAAGGUUCUCGGUGCUUAGCAACCAAGGUAGCAAGUAUCUGCAUGCCGCAUCAGACGGUACCGCUGAACCGCCACUUAUUAUCGGAGACACUAAUCUCACCGGAUAUUUCAGCGACGCAAGCAACAGUGUCGUCAGGAGAAACUCCCCACCUAAGGAGCCUCCACUGACCUAUAUGGCUCCAGUAGAGAACCGCAGGUCCAAAGUCCCAGUGCAUAUCGCAGUCGUCUCCGACAACUUAGAGGACACAGACAAGAAAAAGAAGAAACACUCACACAAGAAACGAAAGGGUAAAGGCUCCCAUUCCCAUAAGAAACACCAUUCUAAAGACGACAAGAGAAAACACUUCAACAGGCUCAGUUCCGGCGAAAUCGAAAAGAACUUCGUUUCCUUAGAAGAUAGUAGUGCGCUAACUAAGAAAUAGAUGGCGUUGUUCUCAACUUUUUUUUUGGUAAAUGGCUAAGCAUUUUUGUGUUAUGUUCGUGGCGUUAAAGGGACUGUGUUUUUUUUAUUUCGUUUUUUUGUUACAGGGCUUUUUGUGUUGUGUUUUUUAGGUAGUUUUUUUAUUUAGCUGAUGAGUAGUAAAGUAAAGUGAAUAUACUGUAUAGAAUAUUUAAAUCAU